CUGAGCUACUGGAGGGAGAUUUAAAUCCCGGGAAGAUUCUGCUCUGCACCUGACAGACACGCUGCUGUUGCAUUUGAGUCAUGCACUUUGGGAGUGCUGUGGGUGAUGGGUGGGCUCCCGUGAGCGACAGGUGCUUGUUCCUGGAUUUCUGGAGUGGGUGGAAUGCGAAGCUCAGUUUUCUUCCUCCUGAAAUGUAACGAGAAGGGAGCUGCUGUUAGUUGGCUGCUUCGUUCUGUUCUGUUUCUUUCCACCCGAGUAUUGGUUACCAAAGCUGGUAGGAAGAGUGCUGCAGAGCCACGGAAUAAAUGGUUUCCUUGUAGCACAACAUUUUAAAAAAUAUUGUUCUAAAUUUAACUGACCACUCACUAAAAAAAACUAGGCUCAGCACCAUGUCAGUUUGUCUCCCGCCCCCCAUUUCCCGGGCUCAGUUUUAUUUUGUGUUGGGACUAACUGUAACAGCUCUGAUCCUCCUAUUUUCUGAACUCGUAUGGAAAGGCUAAAUGCGGAUAACUAAAAACCUCUUAUGCAAACGUGUUAUGUUUUGCUUUGCUCUGCAAGUGUGGUUUCAUGCUGCAGGGGUUUUGCUGUUUGCGUGUUAUGAAUGAGAUGAGAACUGAUAAGAGCGUAAGUGCCUGGAAACAGUUUUCAGUCCACUCUCGUUAGCUAGAAUAUCCGUAUAGGCUAAGAUCUGUUGCUCCCCUCUGGGAGGUCUUUGGGAUUAGUAAUAGUCUCGUCUGUAGAAUAUUUAUAACAAAUUACUGUCUUUUAAUCUGCCCUCAGUUCUCUGUACUAUGGGUCAUUGGUUUUCAAUCAUGGGGCACUUGCUGCUGGGAUGUCGCCUGUGUAUCAAAGAAACAGGUAGGUAACAAUUCAGUGGGAGAUGGGAUGAAGUAAGAUAUACCUUAUUAGCAGCAAUGAAGAAACUUUUUCCAAAUAAUAAGAGUCAAUUCAUUAGUUACGUGGAUUAUGAUUCACAAAGGAAAUCAGUUGGGAAUUCUGGUGUAAUGAAGGCAGCAGUUUGUGAUACAAAUCAGUAACAAAUGUCUUGGAAGAGGGUUAAUUGUUUGAUCUCAGCCAAUGUCUGAUGCUUUAGAAUGGAGCUUGAGAGCAGGAUGAAUGUAAUAUUGAAGGGAAUGAACCAGAAACCUUUUUCAGCCUCUAGUGGUCAUAUUAAAUCAUUUAAAUACAAAUGAAACAGAUAAAAGCAGCAGAUACCGCAUUUGCUUAAGCGUUUAAAAUUUGUUUAAAUUAAAUCAUUUAAAAUGUCUGGAUAUUUUUUAAAUUUUGCCUGGUGCUCCAAAAGAUAAGUGUUGGUCUCAGGCAAGGAAUGUGAGGGACCAUUGGGGACCACAUUCCCUUGAAUGAGUGUCACUAUGAGAAGCAUAAGAUACUUAACAAAGAAUAAAAUUGUUAAUGUUUUCCAAGGCAUUGAAAACUGUCCAAGACUUUUGUGUUAUGCCUUAUUAUUUUUAUUUUCUUUUGUCAUUCAUGGUCAUGGGUUUACUUAUUACAAUAGUGAACAGGUUCCUUCUGGGGGCAAUUCAUGACUGCUGAGCUGGAAAUAAACACAGCAAGGAGACUAUAUAGCUCAUGAACUAGGGUAUGAAGCUGGCAGCAACUUGUACCUCCUCUAAUUAUGGACAGCCAGUCACUGUCUUUUGAACCAGUUUAUUUUAUAGGGUUACUGUUGUGAUUUUUUAAAGUGUAUGUGUGAAGAAAACUGAGAAAUGCACCUUGAUUCCCAUGAGGAAAGGUGGGAUAGCUGUCAUAAAAAAGGUAAAGGGACCCCUGACCAUUAGGUCCAGUCGCGGACGACUCUGGGGUUGCAGCGCUCAUCUCGCUUUAUUGGCCGAGGGAGCCAGCGUACAGCUUCCAUGUCAUGUGGCCAGCAUGACUAAGCCGCUGAAAUGUGAGGGAAUGUGUGGUCUCAAGGUAUAAAUGAAUCCAUAUUAUUAAUAAAACAUUUCCCUUCUCUCCCCAUUCAAGGCCACAAUGUUGCAUAGAACAAGCAUUCCCAAACUGUGGUCCACAGGUAGUCUGUGAGCCUCUUUCAGGUGGUAUGUCUGUAAAAAUAUGAUUAAAAGUUACACAGCAUCUAGCACAGUGCACUGCAAUUCCUACAACAGGCAGAAAAAUAAUUAAGUGUUCUUCCAAGAACCUCAGUAAUUUUCAAGUGGUCUUGGUGGUGAGUUUGGGAAGCGCUAGCAUAAAAGAUGUUGUAAUAAUAUGUAGCACCUGGAUUCCUCAGACUGGCAGGCAGUGUUUGGUUUAGGGAAUGUAUAACGCUAAUAUUGCAUGAUUCAGGUAGCUGCACACAAAACUUGAGGUUUAGUUAUGCAUGCUGUGGGGAGAGUAGCCAAGAGAUUGCUCAGACACUUGGAAAAUGAUAAAAUUAAUGGGAAGGUUGGGGAGAAACAAAACAGAGCAUAUUGAAUUGAGCAUUGGUUUAGGUAUUUUUAGUUUGGCAUGAAGAAUGUCAGACAUAGCAUGGGUGGUAUCAGACGAUUAUUGCAGGCUAGCAUGUUGUACAUGGAAUGUGACACAAAAUGGAACAAUAAAAAUGUUAACUUUCCUUCACCUCUAACUUAAUGUCCCACAUUAUGAAUCUGCACAUUUAAAGUCCAUGCUGUCCAGCUUUCAACUGGCACAACAUUAAGAUUGAUUUCAAAGUUUAUGGGCUUUCUCCAUAGUGUGUGGUUCUGAUUUUGAACUGGGUCUGAAAGUUGUAUGGCUGCCUUGCUAUUCAGUUUCAACCAUUAUUUCCUGGAGACAGAAACCUUUUGCAGAAACCAUUUAUUAAGGGGAUCCUGAUGCGUCGGCUCCAUUUCCAAGAAAUAAAUGCCAUUUGUACAUUGAGACAUCCUGUUAUGCAGCUCUUAAUUGAACAAGUGUACCCUUUAGGCUGCUUCUGUGGCUUCAGAUGGCAGUAACUACUUAAAGGUACACUUUACUUUACUGAAUAAAAGAUCCUACUGACUUUCAGAGGCAUGUUUUAACCUGUGAAUACCUUUCAGUAGUGACCAUGGUAGAUUGGGGGUUGUGGGAUCUUGCCAUAGUUGGCUCUAGCCUAUUUUUCAUGCUCUGUAAUCAAAACAGAUGAUAAACAGUGAAGUCUCAUAUUUGAAGGAGACCCACUUAAGUGAAUAGAUUUAAGUAACUUUCAGUGGGCCUACUCCAAGUAUGACUACCAUUGGAUAUCGUCUCUCAUUUUCUUGGAACAGGCCUUCAUCCCAGGUCUUUCCUGUUGAAAUGGUGAGUGUGUGUGUAGGCACAAGCCCAGAAAGGACAACAGAAUCCAGACCAGAAUCCAGGUAAGUUUUAAUAGGACUGUAGCUAUAGGUUUUUGAGGAUGUUUUAAGUGCUUUUAUUUGGGGGUGGGGUGGCUUUUAUGUCAUAAACACACUUACUACAAACUUAAGCCUAUAUGUACAUCCAUUGAUAUAGUUUACAUGUUGUUCACAUUCUAUUUUUUUCACCUUUGUAUCCUGAUUUCUUUGACUUUUAGAAGACAUCUGAAAGCAGCCCUGUUUAGGGAAGUUUUUAAUGUUUGAACUUUUAUUGUGUUUUUAAUGCUCUGUUAGGAGCUGCCCAGAGUGGCUGGGAAAACCCAGCCAGAUGGGCAGGGUAUAAAUAAUAAAUUAUUAUUUUAAAUAUUUUAUUAUUAUCAUUAUUAUUUAUUUUAUUUCCUAGUUCAUAUUGAUUUCAUAUUAACAUAUAUACAUCUCUGUUCCCCUAACCAUCUAAUAAUUUCGACCUUAUCUCAUACUCUUUGUAAUACAGUGGUACCUCUGCUUCAGGUUACACACUUGGCUAACCUAUAAAUAGUGCUUCAGGUUAAGAACUUUGCUUCAGGAUAAGAACAGAAAUCGGGCUCUGGCGGCGCGGUGGCAGCAGGAGGCCCCAUUAGCUAAAGUGGUGCUUCAGGUUAAGAACAGUUUCAGGUUAAGAACAAACCUCCGGAACGAAUUAAGUACUUACCCCAAGGUACCACUGUAAUUCUGCUUUAUAAAGCUUCCACUUUCCCUACGAUGUGCACUCAUUUAAAACCAAUUUUCCCUAUAUUGAGCUGCCAUUGAGAAACAAGACCCACGAACCUCUUGUGAUAAAUAAUUUCAAAAUGUCAUCUGGGACCUCCCUCUGUCAAUCUCUGCACCACUUUCUCACAGGCACUUUUCUUUAUGGGAUGCUACUGAUUAGUAAGAAAAGAUAUAGUUAGCUUAUUUGCUGCUGCUAAUUUUUCAGUUUAAAUAAAAACACAAAAUUUGCUUUGAUUCCUCAAAAAAUGUUUAUUUGGAUAUGCUGAAAAUACGGCAUUCUUAACUACAUCAACUCAUUCACCUCAUGUGUUCUAAUAUUGUUUAUUACUGAUGAAGAAUUUGCAUUGUUUCUGUUGUCUCUUUAGCAUUGCAUCUCUUCUCUCAGCAGGUCUGGCGUGGAGACAGAUGUGGCUGUCUUGCAAAGGAGGCAGAAGCAGAUAGACUAUGGGAAAAACACCAUUGGUUACCAGUGCUUUAUCCAGCAGGUGCCCAAGUGAGCAAAGCUAGUUGUUCAUCUACCAAGUCCUUAUCUUCACAUAGCAGGGGCUUGGAGUCCACAGCUUUCCUUUCCAAAUGGUGGCUGGCAGCUGUUCUCUAAACCUACUUCAAGGGACUGGCAUUUGAGACAUUCACUUUGGCAUCUGCUCCUGAUGAACCAUUGGGAAAGGUUACCACUUUUUGGGGGGCUGGGGACUUAAUGUGGUCUUAAACGGUAGAACCUAACAAGUGUUCAUGCUUUGUUCUAGGGCUGCUCGGCAGCCAGGUGUUCACCCAAGAACUCCAAAUAAAUAUAAGAAGUACAGUCGCCGCUCCUGGGACAUGCAGAUCAAACUGUGGCGACGGGCACUCCAUGGCUGGGACCCGCCUGGACUUGAGUUUGCAGGAACUGGACAGGGAAGUAUUUGCUAGUUUCUCUUAGCUAUUCCUGGAUAAUCUGGGGGAAGAUGCUUUUGGAGAUGAAAUAUGGACAUGUGUGUCCAGUUUUCCUUCCCAAAUCUUUUGCUCUAGAGAACUUGCUAAUGGAAUUCAUUCUUUGACAUACUCCUGUUGAACCUUGGUUCCAUAUUAGAAAGUAACUACCUUUUCAUUGUGGAGCAUUCACUGCCAUCAGCCCCGUGACCCAUUUAUAAAGCAAUCUUAACACACUCUUCAGGAAUUGCGGGCCUAGUCUAUGUAGGCUCUCUCCCUGGUAUUCCUUAUCACCAUGGAGACAGGGUUAAUUGUCAACACAGCUCUUGUGCUCCUUGCUGAGAGCAAAUGGCUCUUGGGCUUAUCAAAGUCUGGGAGUAUUUUUGUACACUGUUGUGUGAAUGCCUAUGUGGUGGUGGUCACAUGUGCAUUGCUAAGAGGGAGAAAUACUGCUGUGGUAUAGAAGUGAGAAAGAUGUAGCCAACUUUAUAUUUUAGUGGAUUUCAACCAUUGCCUAUAUUUUGGCAGUUGGUGAUCUCCCCAGAAGUGUAUGUGGCAAAGAGGAAUUUAGUCAUUUGAGUUCAAUUACCAUCAGUGAUGAAAAGAGAAGCCAUACACUUCUCUUUCAGUAUGGUUAUCAUGGGGGGGGGGGGAGAUUUCAUCCUUGGCGUCCAGGGCAACGUGGGACUUCUAGGUCUUUAAAUGUUACUUCUUAUCAACCAUGGUUCAAGUUCGAGAAUUGUACACAGGUUCCUUAUGCCUGGUCUGGGAUCUAAAGACAUCUAAUGCUAUCUGUUGCCUGGUUCAGUGUGAAUGAAAUUCUGUUUGCUUGCAAGGCAGGAGCUGGUGGGUCCUCUGCCUGCUCUUUCAAAUGACUGGCUUGUUGCCCAAGGGACCCUGGAAAAACUUUGUAAAGAAGUCUUGCAUGGGCAGGUAUUUAACAUUAUUCAGUUGUGCUCCUUAUAGCUUUAUUUUGCCAUAGUUAAAAGCAGUGCUUUUCCCCCUGGGGGUACGCAGGGGUACGCAUAUCCCUAAUCAUUUUGUGAAUCUAAGUUUGGCCUCACUGAGGGGCAGUAUUUCAAUAUGAGUAGGAAAAUGAGAGUACCCCUAAACAUUUUUAAAGAAAAAAAGCACUGGUUAAAAGAACAAAAUAUUUUGACUUGUAUUACAAAAAUCAUUCAUAGGCUUUGGGGGAAAGCAUAAUUUCCUUAAACUACACGUUCUCUAUCACAGUUCUGUACAAAAUCUUCACUACCGUUGAAAACCCUUUGGGAACGAGAUAUUAUUGGUGACUCUAUAGAGAAGAUCUCUUGGAAUAAAAUAUUGGACAUGUUCUCCUAUCGCCCCUCUGCUAGAGUUCACUAAAAGACCCACAAAUUAACUUACUGGUGGUGCAUGUAUUCUUCACUACUAAUAAAUGCAACUUGCCCAGCUACCUGCUGCAGCACCUGUGGCCAGCCUCCUUUUUCCACAUAUGAUAGAUAGGCUCCUUUGUGUCCUCCUUUUGGGAACUGGUCUUUCACAACCAAACAACAAAUAGCUAUUGCACCUGAUAGCCUUAUAACCGAUGGCUUACCUGUUUAAAGAACUUACUAUACAGCUUAUGACAGCAGCUAAAAACUGGAGGACAUUGAACAUGGACUUGUAUGAAAUGUGACUGGCACAGCUGUGGAAAUUAGCCCUAAUGGACAAGUUAACUAACAGAAUGAGAGAACACAGGAGUAACAAGAAAAAAGACACUUUUAAGAGAAAACGGUUUGGCUUUAUUUCAUGCACUCUCAAGGAAGGAUGGAUUAGACCACAUGACCAUUUAUGGACUGAUACACUUAUAUGAAGUUAUAGUUAAGGUGGAAUUUACGUUUCUUCUUCCUAUCCAAUAAGUGCAACUGUUCUGUUUUACUGAUAAAAUACAAAUAAACUUGGUGUGUGGUUUUUUAAAAAAGGAACAUAAACUGUAGAGUUCUAACUGUUCAUGUGUGAGUCAAUGACAGGUGGGGUGGGGUGGGGAAAAUAACCUUUAAAGGGGGGAAAAGGUUUGUUACUAUGAAAUCUCAUUUUAUUAGACUACUCAUUUAACACUGUCUCUUCUGGUUUUAGUUUGCUGGUUUGUCAUCUUCUGACCACUCUUCUGCUUUGCUGUGUCAUGAUGAUAACUUUAUGGAAGAUACAGAAGUUCAUCCAUACUGCUACUGGGUGUGAAUCAUAUCUUCUGGAAACCCAAAGCACCUGAUGCCCUAGAAGAGGCAGCAUCUUUAAAAUGAAAUAAGAAGUGGAGAGUGGGAACCUGAGCUAUCUUCAAGCUUUUUUCCACUGUGGCCAACUCUUGCUUCCCUAGAUUGCUGCAAUAUUUUGUAAUACAUUAAUCUAUUUCCAUUCUUGAGUAAUUUGCUCUAUGCAGUUUUCACACAGAGAGCACUUGUUACUGCCUCUGCUUCACCCACUUACUUUGAAGAAGCCCUGUUUGUAUCAUUGACAUUUCUAUUGUUGAAGCAUGGGUGGAGGAUGUAAAGUCAGUAAAGUACAUUCCAGAAGUGGAAUACUUGGUGACAGUACGUUGCAUUGGAGGGGGAAAAAGGGGGAUAUGAUAACCAAAGAUGAAAAGUUUGAGCAUGAAUUACUUUAGAAG